AUCCUGUCCGGAGAGUGCGGGGAGUCCGAGGUGAGGACUCUAGAGGACAAAGAGAGAAAAAUAUUUUGCAGGAAUGGAAUCGACUCGUUUGUAAUGGCCGAGCCGAGACCCCUAGGAGACCUGCAGUACCUAAGGAUUUGGCAUGACAACUCUGGGGAGGGUAUUUUCGCCUCGUGGCAGCUGGCCUUCGUAAGCGUGAGGGACCUGCAGACACAGCACAAAACUCUCUUUAUCGCAAACCGUUGGCUCGCUCUUGACCACGACGAUGGAGAGAUCGACGUCACCUUGUCCUCCUCGAGCAUGGAUGAACUGACCAACUUCAGUCACCUGUACGAAGCCAACAAGCAGCGGGGCAUAAAAGACAGACAUAUUUGGUUCUCUAUGUUCUUCAGGCCGCCAAGGUCUCGGUACACUCGUGUGGAGCGCACUGCAGUGUGUGCAUGCUUUGUCUACCUCUCGAUGUUAUGCAGUGCCAUGUGGUACUCCACCAUCCCUGAUGAACCGAUGGGUCAAGGCUUCUUCGUACUUGGGCCUUUCUCUUUGACUACUGAAAAGGCAUCAGUGGGCUUGGCUUCUCUUCUUGUGGUCUACCCAGUGAUCCAGCUCAUCAUUUGGCUGUACAGGACGUCACAGCCACGGGUGAAGCCAUACUCCAGAGCCUUCACCGCCAGGCAUGACCAGCAGCAGUGUCAAAGUAAGUGGACCCUUCACACUUCACAGACUCCUCUGCCUUCGUGUCAGAAAGAGUAA